CAGCACAGAAGCACAACCAUCGAGACGCGUGCAGCAGCGGUAGCGCAGCCAUGAAGUGCCUGAUCGUCCUGAGUGCCCUCAUGACCGUGGCUCUGGCCAAGCCGGGUUACCUGGGAGUAGGGAUCGCCGCCCCUGCCGUCGCUGCUGCCGCCCCCGUGCUCGCCGGCCCUGGCGUCGCCGUCCAGCCCGCCCCCGUCCUGGUGGGCGGCAUCCACCCCGGCCUGGCGGCCUACGGCCCGGCCAACAUCGUCGUCGGGCCCGGCGGCUACAACCUGGACACCCCUGACGUGGCCGCCGCCAGAUCCGCCCACCUGACGGCCGUCGCCCAGACGAGGGCGCGCGACGCCGCCAUCAACGGGGCGGCGCUGGCCGCCGCGGCUGCUGCGGCAUACGCCGCCCCUGCAGCCGUGGUCGCCGCCCCCGCGGUGGCUGCCGUCGCCGCCCCCGCCGUCGCAGCCGUUGGCCCAGCUGUCGCGCCUUCCGUGGCUGCCCUCGCCCCCGGCCUCCUGGGAGCGCCCGGAGCUCUGGCUGCCGCCAAGGCUGCCUACCACGGCUGA